GAAAUGGGUGUUUUUCUACUUCAAUCAUCAGCAGUUUUUGGAGUCCUGUUUUCUUUAAUCACCUUGUCUCUACUUGUUGAGCCUGCACUUAGUAUCACCAGGCACUACAAGUUUGAUAUCAAAUUGCAAAAUGUGACGCGUCUGUGCCAUACCAAGAGCAUUGUAUUAGUAAAUGGGCAGUUUCCAGGGCCUCGCGUUGUUGCAAGGGAGGGCGACCAGCUUCUUAUCAAAGUCGUUAACCAUGUCCAGAACAAUAUCUCCAUCCAUUGGCAUGGCAUUCGGCAGCUUCAAAGUGGAUGGGCUGAUGGUCCAGCAUAUAUAACUCAAUGCCCUAUUCAAACAGGGCAGAGCUAUGUUUACAACUUCACCGUUGUUGGCCAGAGAGGUACACUGUGGUGGCAUGCCCAUAUAUCAUGGCUAAGAUCAACUAUCUAUGGUCCCAUCAUCAUUCUUCCCAAGCGUGGUAUUCCUUAUCCAUUUGCGAAACCUUACAAGGAAGUUCCCAUCAUCUUUGGAGAGUGGUUUAAUGGAGAUACUGAGGCUAUCAUUAGCCAGGCCCUUCAAACAGGUGGAGGCCCAAAUGUGUCUGAUGCCUAUACUAUCAAUGGACUUCCUGGGCCUUUGUAUAAUUGCUCUGCUAAGGAUACAUUCAAGCUGAAGGUGAAGCCUGGAAAAACCUACCUUUUACGUUUAACCAAUGCUGCACUCAAUGAUGAGCUUUUCUUCAGCAUAGCAAAUCACACUGUUAUAGUUGUGGAUGUGGAUGCUGUUUAUGUUAAACCUUUCGAAACUGAAACACUACUCAUUGCCCCUGGUCAGACAACAAAUGUUCUUCUGAAAACCAGAUCCCAUUACCCAAGUGCAACAUUUUUAAUGACUGCUAGGCCUUAUGUGACUGGUCAAGGCACUUUCGACAAUUCAACUGUUGCUGGUAUUUUACAGUAUGAAAAACCACGCAACUUUCGUUCUAGCAACUCCAUCAAAAAUCGUCCACUCUUUAAACCAGUUUUACCUCCUCUCAAUGACACAUCCUUUGCUACAAAAUUUUCAAAUAAACUUCGUAGCUUGGCAAGUGCACAAUUCCCCGUCAAUGUGCCCCAAAAGGUUGACAAGCAAUUCUUCUUCACGGUAGGCUUAGGAACAAGUCCAUGCCACAGCAACGAAACCUGCCAAGUGUGA